AUGAGUCCUGCUCCGCCGCAGCGCCGCCGUCACUUCACCUGCCACCGCCACCCCACCAAGGCCGUCACCGGGUUCUGCGCCGCCUGCCUCCGCGAGCGCCUCGCCGGGAUCGACCCCGACACCCACCAGGAAACCCCCAUUACCCACCUCGCCCUCGAGCUCCGCCGCUCCAAAUCCUUCUCCAGCAGCUCCAACCCCAAUGCCUCCUCCUCCACCACUUCCACCUCCGCCACCACCAACACCACAAUCUCCGAGCCCCGCCGCCGCUCAUGCGAGGUCCGGCCCCGGAACAGCCUCUCUGAGCUCUUCCACCACGACGACGACGGUCCAACCAUCGAAUCGUACGCCAAGGCCAAAGCGAAGGCCAAGGCCGUCGUCUCCGAGCUCGAGAUGCUACGCAAGAAAUUGGGGAAAUGGCAGCUGAAGCAGAGGAAGAAGAAGGAUGAAAAGAAGCCCACCAGUGAGGAUGGCCCGGCGCCGGAUAAUGACAAGGGCAUACUGAAGAAAUUAAAGGACACGCUGACGGAAGUUGGGGAAUACGCCGGCCGGAGGAGAUCUUGCGAUGCCGAUCCCAGACACUCACUCGACCCAGGGAGAUUGUCGAUUGAAGAAUCUCGCCGGUCCUUCGACGAACCUCGAGCUUCCUGGGACGGGUACUUGAUUGGCAGAGCAUAUCCAGGGUUUACACCAUUGGUCUCCGUCGUAGAAGACGAUGUGAAGUUGGGUGUUGAUGAUAAAACCAGUGUCGAAAAUCCGACGGAGCCGAGUGGGGAUUUGAAGAAGGAAGAUGGAAGCAUCAGCCCCGGAGGAACUGCUCAGACGGUGAGCUAUUACUCCGAUCCUCAUCGCCGGAGAAGGAGCUUCGACCGGUCCGGGUCGGUCAAGAUGCCAGGUUUGGAAUUAGGAGACGAUGAGUUGAAAUCCAUAUCCAAUGCAAAGGUAUCCCCUGAAACCGUUGAUCUGUUCCAUCACGGAGCUAAAUUACUGGUGACUGAGAAAGAAUUGAGGGAUUCGAAUUGGUACUCUGUUAGAGAUUGCAAUGUAGUAGGCAACCCUGGUUCUACCCCCAAAGAUGUUGUUCAGCCUGGCGGUGGUGGUGGUGGAGAUAACAAGAAGGGCUCAAAGUUCAAGAAGUUGCCUAAAUGGCGAAACGUGUUGAGUAUGUUCGGCGGGAAUCACAAAAGCAGCAAGCCUGCAGAUGUAGAAAGCAGCAGCAGCAAUGGUAGUGGGAAAUUAGUGGUCGAUGGUAUGAUAGUUGCAGGGCCACUGGAGAAGAUGGCGAACCAGCAGAAGCUUACCGCGGGAAGCUGUAUGGUUAGUGCGAGGAAUUCGUGUGACGGUAGCAGCAUGGGCGCAAUGCAGAGGCGAGACCAGCUGAUGCUGUCCAGGAACAAGAGUGCUAGGUAUUCUCCGAGCCCAAACAGUAAUGUGGAUAACGGGCUAAUGAGAUUCUACUUGACACCGCUGCGAAAUGACAUUAGUCGGAGCAAAUCAGGGAAGAGUAGGUUGAAGAACCCCUUGUCCAUGGCCAGGAAUGUAUUGUAA